AUGCCCGUUAAUAUUAAAGACAAACGGAAAUAUACCGAUCAACAACUGAUCUUGGCAAUCCACGAAGUCAGGUUCCUCGGCUUCAGCAUCAAGUGUGCGGCUCGUCGCAACAAUGUUCCAAAAACCACCUUAAUGGUUCGCCUCAGAGGUGGUAAAAGUCGAAGAGAGGGCCACGAGGCGAGUCAACGCAUCUCUGUCGCAGAGGAAAAGCUGAUCGUGUCUUGGUACGUGCUGCAAGACGCGUUUGGCCUUGCCCCUACAAUGAGGCAGAUUACAGGGCUCGUUACAAAGUUCUUGGUAGAUCUUGGCGACGACCGACCACUAAGCCAAGGUUGGAUGGGCCACUUUAUUGAGAGACAUGGGCCAAUCAAGCAAAUUGAAGCAAAGAACCGUGCCAAGAAUGGGCUAACUAUCAUUACACCAGAGGCUUCACAGAUGUUCUAUCAGAUAAUAAACAACCCUACACUUGUCAAAAGCAGGCCGGAAACAGCCAGUGAAGCCAAUCAGGCUAUUAUAGUCCCCUUCAGGUAG